AUGGGGACCACAGGACAAGCUGCAGGGCGAGUCAUGAUUUCGCCCACAGAGCACACCUGGACAUGGUUCUCAGGAGGCCCCGGUAAGAAGGAAUGGACCAUGCUGGAGGACAUCUGGGUGACCCUGUCAGAGCUGGACAGUGUCACCUUCUCCUUUAAGCAGCUGGAUGAGAACUGUGCCCUUGCCUCCUUGUCCCCUGCAAACACUAAUGUCUUCUACCACAUAGAGGACAGUCAGCAGGCACUGAAAGUGGUCUUCUACCUCAAUGGCUACCACUUCUCCAAGCUGCCCUCCCGCCAGGAGAAGAGGGCCAGCCUCCAACCACACACUGUGCUUUUCACUAAAGCUCUGGAGAAUGUGGAAGGGCUUCCUCCUCCAGGCAGACAGGUAGCAGAGGAUUUGCAGCAGGAGAUCAAUGUCCAGUCACUGGAGAAUGUCCAGCAGUAUUUCCACAAGCUCAGGACAUUUUACCUGGAGCCAUUGAACCUGCACAUGGAUGCCAGCACCACAGCCAUGAAGAUCGACCAGCUGAUCUGCUCCAUCAAUGCCCUAGAUGAGCUCUGCCACCUUGUGAAGUCCUUUGUGCACUCCAAGCCUGGCACCAGGAGGAGCAUGGGCACUGGCCUCUUCCCUGUCUCCUCUGAGCUCUGCUACCACCUGGGGGCCUGCCAGAUUGCCAUGUGCAGCACCGGCAUGCAGAGGAGCAUCCUGAGUGUGUCCCUGGAGCUAGCUGUCCUGGCACAGAGCCAUGGGCUGCUGCCCAAGUGCAUGAUGCAGGCCACAGACAUGCAAAAGCAGAAUGGCCGUACAUCACUUUUACUUGCCAUAAAGUAUAAAAGAGAGUUGAUAGUAGAGACUUUAAUUCAGAGGAAAGCAAAUAUACAUGCUGUUGAACUGAAGGGAAGAACAGUCCUCAUGUUUGCUCUGGAACAUGAAUCAGAACACAUAGCUGAGCUGCUUCUCCAGAAUGGUAUUGAUGUCUCUGCUACAGAUAACUUUGUACAGAUGGCAUUAGCUUUUGCUGCUGCUAGUGAUCAUAGUGGGUAA